CCCUGUUAUCCCCUCCUCUCUUAAUUUCUCUCUCCUCGAUCUUCCCUUUUUCGUCUAACCUUUUCCUUUGCAGACGUUCGAAUAAACCCUAACCCUAGUUCUUAAUUUCUACUACCGAAGAUUACUAUGGGAGAAACCAAAGAAAAUGAUGCUUAUGAAGAGGAGCUUCUUGAUUACGACGAGGAAGAAGAGAAGGUUCCAGAUCCCGCUGUCACCAAAGCUAACGGCGAAGCCGCUAAAAAGGGUUACAUUGGAAUCUACAGUUCAGGAUUCAGAGACUUCUUGCUGAAGCCAGAGCUGCUGCGCGCAAUUGUCGACUCUGGUUUUGAGCAUCCAUCCGAAGUGCAACACGAAUGUAUUCCUCAAGCUAUUUUGGGUAUGGAUGUCAUCUGCCAAGCCAAAUCUGGUAUGGGGAAGACCGCUGUCUUUGUUCUCUCAACCCUGCAACAGAUUGAUCCUGUGGCUGGACAAGUUGCUGCACUUGUUCUUUGUCACACUAGAGAAUUGGCAUAUCAGAUAUGUCACGAGUUCGAGAGGUUCAGCACAUAUUUACCUGGUAUUAAGGUUGCUGUUUUCUAUGGAGGUGUCAACAUAAAAAUUCACAAGGAUCUGCUCAAGAAUGAAUGCCCUCACAUUGUGGUGGGUACUCCUGGAAGGAUCCUUGCAUUGGCCAGAGACAAAGAUCUGUCACUAAAGAAUGUCAGACACUUUAUUCUUGAUGAGUGUGACAAGAUGCUCGAGUCCCUUGACAUGAGGAGAGAUGUGCAGGAGAUCUUUAAAAUGACACCCCAUGACAAGCAAGUGAUGAUGUUUUCUGCAACUCUAAGCAAGGCAAUCCGACCUGUUUGCAAGAAAUUUAUGCAAGAUCCGAUGGAAAUAUAUGUGGAUGACGAAGCCAAAUUGACCCUUCAUGGUCUUGUACAGCACUACAUCAAAUUGUCCGAGUUGGAGAAGAAUCGCAAGCUGAACGACCUGUUGGAUGCUCUGGAUUUCAAUCAAGUUGUCAUUUUUGUCAAGAGUGUCAGUAGGGCUGCUGAGUUGAACAAACUUCUUGUGGAGUGCAACUUUCCUUCGAUCUGCAUCCAUUCUGGCAUGUCCCAGGAAGAAAGAUUGGCUCGUUACAAGGGAUUUAAGGAUGGCAAACAAAGAAUACUUGUUGCUACAGAUUUAGUCGGCAGAGGAAUUGACAUUGAAAGAGUGAACAUUGUUAUUAAUUAUGACAUGCCAGAUUCAGCAGACACAUAUCUGCAUCGGGUUGGCCGAGCUGGGAGGUUCGGAACUAAGGGACUUGCAAUUACGUUUGUGGCAUCUGCUUCUGACUCUGAUGUAUUGAAUCAGGUACAAGAGAGGUUUGAAGUCGAUAUUAAAGAACUUCCAGAGCAGAUCGACACUUCGACAUACAUGCCCUCAUAAAUGAACGCGCUACAUUGUUUGAUCACAUUGUGGAACACUAGGCAUGUUUGGAGAAGGCUGAUGAUAGAAGUAGAAAUCUGACCGUGGCUUAGAAAUUUGCUCUGUGAGCUGCGUAGUUCAGCAGUGUGUGUAAUUCUGGCAGUCAGAUUUCAUUGUACUAGUUAUGUUUUUGUCGUAGUGAUGCUAAAUACUUCCAUUUGUAGUUUUCCUAUGCUCAACUUAUCAAGGAUUAUUACUUUUUAUUGCUACAUAGGAUUUUGCUAGCAGGUUUGUCUACUGACUUCUGUGGAUAUGAGCAGGGAUUUUUGUGGCCCUUUUUAUCCUUUAAUAGGGGGCCUGAUUAUUUAGUUGUUUCUGUUUUAGAUUCA